AUGUCUAGCUCACUUGAUCAACUUUCUAUUAACACUAUUCGUACGCUUGCUGCGGAUGUUGUAAGAAAAGCUAAUUCUGGGCACCCUGGUGCUCCAAUGGGUUGUGCUCCUAUGGCUCACGUUCUUUUCUCAAAGUUCAUUACGUCCAACCCGGAAAAUCCGAAAUGGCCUAAUCGUGAUCGUUUCGUUUUAUCCAAUGGUCAUGGAUGCGCGUUGCAAUAUAUCUUACUUCAUUUAUUGGGAUGUAAUCUAACGUUAGAUGAUCUAAAAGCGUUUCGUCAAACAGACAGCAAGACUCCUGGUCACCCAGAGUCUCACAUGACUGAUGGUAUUGAGGUAACCACCGGUCCACUUGGGCAAGGUUUUGCGAAUGCCGUAGGAAUGGCUAUGGCCCAAGCUCAUUUCAGUGCUACUUUCAAUAAACCUGGUUUUGACUUGUUCACAAAUCACACUUACGCGAUUUGCGGUGAUGGAUGUCUUCAAGAAGGUGUUGCUUCCGAAGCAGCUUCCCUUGCUGGACACUUGCAACUCGGCAAUCUGAUCGUUCUCUAUGAUGAUAAUCACGUGUCCAUUGAUGGUGAUACGGAAGUGAGCUUCACCGAAGAUGUUUGCAAACGUUUUGAAGCUUACGGAUGGCACACCCAAGUGGUUUCGGAUGGUGAUCAUGAUCUAGCAAGCAUUACCGACGCUGUUGAAAAUGCCAGGAAAGUGACAGAUAAGCCUUCACUUAUCAAGAUCAAGACCAUCAUUGGUAUUGGCUCAAAAAAUCAAGGUACUGAGAAAGUUCAUGGUGCCCCAUUGGCACCUGACGAUAUCGCCAAAAUCAAAACGUUGUACGGUUUCGAUCCGGAAAAAUUCUUCUACGUACCUAGUGAGGUUUAUGAUUACUAUGGUCAAUUCCGUCUAAAAGGUAAAAAAGCCGAAGCUCAAUGGAAUACACUUCUGGAAAAUUACUGCGCCGAAUUCCCUGAACAGGGUGGUGAAAUCAAACGUAGAUUCGCCAAUAAAUUGCCGGAGGGUUGGGAACAACAUUUACCGCGUUAUACGCCGUCUGAUCCCGCGGUCGCUACUCGAAAAUUAUCCGAAAAUGUUUUGAAUAAAAUCGCCGACGUCUUACCAGAACUUUUUGGUGGAUCGGCAGACUUAACUGGUUCGAAUUUGACGCGAUGGAAAUCCGCGGUUGAUUUCCAACCCGAUUCAAAUGGGUUGGGUAAAUAUUCAGGACGUUACGUAAGAUAUGGUGUUCGUGAACAUGGUAUGGCUGGUGCAAUGAACGGUAUUACUUCUUACGGGGGCAUGAUCCCUUUCGGUGGUACUUUCUUGAACUUUAUCAGUUAUGCGUUGGGAUCUGUGCGAUUGUCAGCCCUUUCUUCAUUCCGUGUUCUUUAUAUAAUGACUCACGAUUCAAUUGGAUUGGGUGAGGAUGGACCCACUCAUCAACCGAUUGAAACAGUCGCAGGUUUACGUGCAUUGCCAAAUAUUUUGGUGUUCCGUCCAGCCGACGGUAAUGAAGUAUCGGGUGCUUAUCUUGCAGCGAUUAACAAUAUUACCAGACCGUCAGUACUUUGUCUUUCUCGACAAAAUUUGCCUCAAUUAGAAGGUUCUUCUAUUGAGAAUACUCUUAAAGGUGGUUAUGUAUUGAGAGAAUGCACGGAUGCGAGAAUUACUUUAACUGGCACUGGAUCCGAAAUGGGAAUUGUAGUUGAAGCAGCAAAAAAAUUGGAAUCCGAGGGGAUUAAAACACGCGUAGUAUCUUUACCAUCUUUUGAACUUUUUGAAGAUCAAAGUAUUGAAUAUAAAUCAUCAGUAUUUCCUGAUGGUAUUCCAAUUUUAAGUGUUGAAGCACUCGCAACCUUUGGAUGGUCAAAAUAUGCUCAUGCAAAUAUUGGUAUGACGACUUUUGGUUCGUCCGGUCCUUAUCAACAACUUUAUAAGAAAUAUGGCUUCACGGUUGAAAAUAUUACUGAUAAAGUAAAGAAAACUAUAGAAUUUUAUCAAACGAAUCCCGUUCCAUCAGUUAUUUAUAAACCUUUUUAA